AUGGGCGAUUCUCAACUACCGCAGAAUGGCAUAGCUGGCACCUCUCUACGUGUCCAAUCCCUUUACCAGUCCCACACCACCGAAGGCCAUGUUCUUUGGCUCACCGAGCCUCCCACACCGCCUGACUCACACUCGAUACCAGAAUCCGAGAAUCCGGAGUACGCUAUCACGCUCCGUCACCGAAGCUUGAACGGACGGAAGCACACCCUCGACAGCAUUAUCAUCCGCUCUCCGCCUUUGCGGAAGUUUCUUGAUGAAACGAUAGAGCAUAUCUCUGCGCUGUACGACGAGAAUGAGGAAGGCCUGGUUGUGCAAGCACCCUUCAGAAUUCUGUUCUGGCAUUUUGACGCGAUUGAGAAUGCCGCCGCAUCCUCAAAUGCUACUCAGGAAGAUGAUGCCCUGGGGCCACCAGCAACCUUAUUGCGGGAUAUUCUCGACGAUGAGUUCCGGGAUCUGCUUCAACGCCGGGAGACGAUGGUUACGCAAGGGCAGAUCAACUUCGAUACACUGUGGACGCUGUUCAAGCCGGGCAUUACCUGCGUCACGACAUUCAUGGAGAUUCAUCACGUUGCGGUGAGGUGUAUCUCAAUAGACUUUGGACGGCAUGCUAUGGGCGGGAUGUAUUACCGUAUCAAGUUCGAGAAUCUGGUGUGGAAUGGCGAGAGUUUGGGUUGGCGCGAUGACUACACGGACAUCAUGGAGUUUAAGGGUCGGAGGAAGAUCCGGGACGCGCAUAUACUGCCGCUGGAGUUCUGGCAGGGUGGAUCGGUAGAACAGCUCGCGGCUCGCGGGCGGAGGUUCUUGGAUCUGGUGGUCAAGGAGCCUUACAUGAUGCGGUUCUCUGGAGAGAGUCUUGACUCGGAGAGCAGUCCAAUGUGGUGGCAGGGAGAGCAGAAGAAGAAGAUGUCGGAGCGAGUGAUCCUGGAUGCGCGGGCUUACAGUCACUACUUUCGGAGGCUGGCGGUGUCGAAAUGGAGAACCAGAGAUCAGCUGGCCAACCUGGACCAGCUACAGCUUGCGUAUGUGUUCCCGGAACUGCAUGUCUUUGCGCUACAAAGAAAGAGGUGGUCGAGGGUAUGGGUGGACGAUGUGGAUGAGGUUGUGUUCAACGAUGCGGCGUAUCCGAGUCUGGUUCUACCAAGCGAUUAUAAGCAAUUACUGCUCGCUUUCGCGGAGGCACAGAUCGAUGCUGCGAACGGAGUGGGUGGCUUUGACGACGUGAUCGCCGGUAAGGGACAAGGAAUACUCAUGUUGCUCGCCGGGCCUCCAGGGACUGGGAAAACCUUGACCGCCGAAGCAAUGGCUGAGCAUAUGCGGCGUCCGCUCUACAGCGUCUCGACUGGCGAGUUGGGCAUGGCUGCCGCAGGAAUGGAGAACGAACUGAACAAAGUCCUGGAGCUGUCGACUCGGUGGAAUGCAGUGCUGCUUCUAGACGAAGCCGACGUGUUUCUGGAGAGGAGGGCAGACAACGACAUACAGCGCAACAGUAUUGUUUCGAUCUUCCUGAGACGGCUAGAGUAUUAUCGCGGCAUCAUGUUCCUCACCACGAACAGGAUUCGUUCAUUCGACGAGGCCUUUCGGUCAAGAAUACACGUCGCCAUCCAGUAUCCCGACCUUGACAGUACAGCUAGACACUCCAUCUGGUCCAAUUUUCUGCGAAGAGCGAAGGAGACAUACCGCUAUGGCGUAGAAUUUGAAGAGGCACAAGUUGAAGAACUAGCAGAGCUGACAUUGAACGGGCGGGAGAUCAGGAACAUCGUCAAAUCGGCCCAGCUGCUCGCAUUGAGAGAUCAAGAGCCGUUGAAGAAGAAGCAUGUCGACAUUGUGUGGAGAGUUGAGAUGGAAAAUAGUCCGUGGCAGAAGACAAGUGCGGGCUGA